UGCAGUUAGCCGAAACCACCGGCCGAAACCAGCCGAAAACUAAGCCGUGAACUGCCGCUGCUUCCUUCGGCAACGCGGAGCCUGACAUGCCAACCCGCUCCGAGAGCACCGACGGGUCCAGCUCCUCUGGUCGCAGUGGCUCCAACGACACGCUUCCCGCAGCAGACACGUGGGGCUCAUGGCAUGCAGCAGGAGAGUCUCACAACCGCUGUCUCCAGUUUCGGGUGAACAACGCACAUGCCCGUGUGAGUUGCCUGCUUUGUGCCACUCCAAUGGGUAGUACCCGGUGGUUGGUUCCCUUUGUUGGACGCCGGCUGCCUCGAGAGCUGGCCAAGCGCCUCACACAUGCCACUCAGCCAGAGCAGGUCCAGGCAGCACUGUGUUCCAGCUUGCAGGCUGUGCACGAUGCCUGGCUGCAGAGCCUGGAACCAACGCUGAGCCGGCGAGAUGAGCUCCUCCGAGCGCCGGACCAGGGUCCUGGUGAGGCAUCCCUGGCCGCCCUGGAGGCCGAGCUGUCGUCGGGAUGCUCCCUGGCACUUGCUGUCGUCAUGGGUGGCGAGCACCUGUACGUCGCCAACUUGGGGCGCACACGAGUGCUGCUGCUGCGCGGAGGAGAAGAGGAGCCGCAGCUGCUAACAGUGGAGCACAGCAUGAACAAUGCAGAUGAGCUGGCCCGCCUGGCACGGCUUGGACUGAACAUUGACGCCCUCCCCGAGGAUACCCUUCCCGUCACUCGUUGCCUCGGUGCGCACCCACACCGGCGCCGCCCUGACGGGCCCGACCCAGUGUCAAAUGAGCCAGAAAUGUGUGGCCCGCUGAGCGUGGAGCCAGGCUGCCGGCUUGUCUUCCUUUCGGAUGGCCUCUGCACAGCCCUUAACUGCUCAGGACUCGCAAACCAGGAAGCAAACCAACUGGUUGCAAAGUUGGCAUCGCAGCCCGGAAGCGCCCGGCAGGCGCUGUCUCAACUGCUCGACCAUUGCAAGCUGCCAAGUGGCUGGCCUCAUGAGCUCACACUCAUGGUGGUGUCGCUGUGCGAGGAGGAGGCCCCACUGCCGGCACCUCCAGUGACAGACGGUCGUGUGGAUCCUUACGUCGACUUCAUGCCCCUCAUUAGUGCCUUGGAAGCAGCACGCUGACACAGGUGUCGCAUCUGUUACAGCACUGCAAAGGUCCAAUCAGCCGAGACAUUGUUCAAUGACAUGGCGGUUGCUCCAAGUGGACGUGAUGUUAGACGCACUUGGGUAGCUGUAGUUGCAAUCAUAUGAAGCCAACAGAAAAUGAAGGCAAGGAAAGCAUAGGGGAAAUUAACCUUUUUUUUUUAACAUAGAGUGAAUUGUGAAUGAUGAAGUUUGUGAUCAACUUCAUAUUCUUUAUAAAGGAACAGAGAGAUAAAAGUGAGAGAAAUGACAACUUGCCGCUGGUGCGAGCAUGCGUUAGCAUUGAGCUACAGUGACAGCCAUCCUCCUGUUCAGGCAUUUGUGUAUGCACGGUAGACCUAGCUCUUGGCGUGUGAGCCAUUGCCACCCACAGCCAUGGUGGCAGAUAUGGGGCAUCGUUUCAACCACAGGUGUUGCGUAGUAUGUGAACUUAGCAUGAAUUGAGCUAAAGGCCAAUAAACCCUCGUAUGCUGCUUUGUGGCACCAAGGCCCUCAGUAGGCGACAAGCGAGAAUAAUAAUGGGAUUUGAGGUCCUCGAUCACGAGUGUUGACAACUAAUGAAGCCAGGAAGAAGUAAGGAGGAAAUGCGCUGGUUCCUAUAAAUUGAAAGGUAGAAUUAUGAGGUUUGCCUGCCUAGGUGGCUUACGGCCCUUCUCUGCUGCCGAGCACGAGUUCGUAGCUUUGAUCCCAGCCAGUGGUGGCCACUUUACGAUCGAGCGGAAUGCUAAAACGCUCUUGUGCGCCACAGUUUGUGUGAAAAUUGGUCAAAAUUAAUGUGACACCCCUCCCCUACAGUGCCCACUGUGCCGUUUCAGGAUAUUGAACUCUACACAGUUAAAUGUUAAAGCAAAGCUUUCUGUGCAAACCCUUCCAGACUUUCCUGACCCUGGCUGCUGCUGCUGUCUUGCUGAAUAGCUCGCACAGAAUACUUUUUAAAAAAAUUGUAUAUGUGCCUGUUGGUGGGAUCGAACCUCAAUCCCCCAGCGCAGCAACCCAAUGGUUUAACCAUUUAGGCCACAAUCGCAUGUUUACUGUACUUCUAUCAUACCAGUGCCAAUUAGCUCUUCGAGUUGAUCGACAUGUGCAUCGCAUUGUGUAGCACGGACGCACGAAAGCACGCGUGAGCAGGCCAGUUUUUUUCACCCCAAAAAUGCCGGAGUGAAAUGGGCAAAUUUUAUAGCAUUUCGUUAACUGCUUCACGAAAGCUUCAUUUCAGAUAGAUUCCAAUAUGUUCAUUGGAUCUGAGUAUAUAUUUAACUAUGAGGGGGACUAAGUUUACGAUAAGCUUUAUGUUCUUAAUAAAGGAAAUUGGAAAUUACAUUGAAAGGAAGAACUUGCUGCUGAUGACAGCUGAAGCCUAGGAGACAUAGUAGUGGCAUGAGGCAUCUUUCCAUAGGAACACAUUCCAAGCUGUCUAGGUAAGAAUUCGCUGACAUGAAAUCUACCAAGUGAUAAAUUAUACAGUUAGCUUCGCAAGUCUCUCCUGCAGUAUGUGCAAGUGCUUGUGAGUGCCUGGCCACAUGUAAGUGGGCUCUAUAAAAAAAUGAAUGUAUAUAUAUUUUGCAAUAAAAUGUUAUUAAGCUAUCAAAA